UAAACACAUCCGAAACAAGAAAAAAAAAUCAUAGUUGACGAUCCUCACUUCUUGGAAAGGAAGAAAAAAAAAAUUAAAAACCUUGGGCGCCAAUAAAAAAAACUGUGGCUCAAGCUGGUCCUGUGGCUUGACCAUUUGUCGCCUUACUCGAUAGUCUCCUCAUGCUCAGAUCCACCCGCCGUCAACCCCGAACUAGUCCGCCCUUGAUCUUCAAAUGUGAUCGUGUUUGGCAUCACCCACACCGACCCAGAUGGAUCCCCCUUCCUUUCUUCGGCCUGGCCGUUUCCAUGUGUCCGGGGAGCUAUAAGGCGUUGGUGACCGCCACCCUGAAGUCAAUGUUUUGGUCACUACAGAAGCUUCCCCUCCUCUCUAUCCAUUAUCGAUUUGGUCUUGUCAUAGCUAAAGCUUAAGCUAUACCUAGCUUCAAGUUGAAUUUCACUGUGCAGUGACUCGUUAUCUUUUUUUCCAACUCAUGUCGAGUGCCGACCAUGUCACUGAGCAUGCAGGGUUCCGGAAGAGAGUACUGGGAAAACUCUCCACGUAUGGACCUACACGAUCAUUGCUCGCGAGAGCAGCAUCCUGCUACAAGAUCCAUCCCGCUCGACGCUGAACGCUCCUCCGAUAGGCGCGAGCCCCAUUCACUCACUCAAGACGAGGGCAUGACCGAUGCCGAACCGUCUCCGCUCCCCGAUACCGAAUUCGGCCGCCUCGACACUACGGGCUGGUAUCCACACUACAAACAAUGCGUCCACUACUUCCUCGAAGCUGGCCAACAUCAUCCAACCGUCCAAUCAAUCGCCGCAUUCAUAAACAUCCGUCUACCAUUCCAACGCCCGGAAGACCAACAGCAAGCUACAUCUGCAUCUACUUUUGUUUCUCUACGACCCUACGUCCGCCGCCUCAUCAUCACCGCGCAAGACUCCCCACCCAUUAUGACGGCCUUUUUCGGACCGGACUGGCUCGCUGGCGUGGGAGUGCUUUACAAACAAGAGCGCGCAAAUUACCUCUUCACAGCCAAGAGUAGUGGUUGGGCCCAAACGAAGGCUGCUUAUGAUAUUCUUCCGGAUGAACAGGCGCCGUUUCUACGGCCGCUGCGUGAUCCGGAGGAAGAGGAGAUUCGCGCGGCGGAGGCUCGGUGGAGUGAGUGGCUUGCUAUGGAGGAUUGGAUGAUUGGUGCUAGGAGUCCUUGGUAAGCAAAGACUCGGCGCUUUUUUGGGGGGGGGGGGGGGGGGUUUCUGGUCGGUGGUGAUCACCCGCGUGCGAGGGUGAGGUUGGGCCUGAGCUCAACCUGGAAUUGACGAUGGUCCCCGGUGUCUCGGUUCCUGGGGCUAGUUAUGAGACAUGACUUUUUGUUUUGAUUUUUUUUUUCUAUUUUCUAUUUUCUAUAUGUCGCUCUUUUCAUUUGCUGGACCUUGAUGGCUGUGGCUUCCCCUCUCCUAUAGUCAUUUUCCUGUGAUUUUCUCUUUGUUUUUUUUCUUAUUUCCGAUCUCGUGACGAACGAUCGUGAUGUGAUGGCUCCAAAAAGGGUUCGGCCUCGUGCUGUCUGGCGUGUUUUCUUCCGGCGUUGCAGAUAGUCAAGAAAAACUUUUCUAUUUUAUUGGCGUUGGAUGUUUAUACCUCGUGGAAAAUACCAGUCAUUUGAUAAUUUCGGAAA